ACUAUGCUUUUGAUGCUUGGGGACAAGGAACUAGCGUGACAGUCUCUAAUGGAGCUUCCAGCGCCCCCGUUGUCUUCCCAUUGAGUCCUAGUGAUGACCAAAACGAGGGGGACGGGCAGAGGCUCACUGACUCCAACGUUAGCAUCGGUUGCCUCGUCAAAGGAUACUUUCCUGAACCAGCCACAGUACAAUGGAAUUCAGGCGCCAUCACCAGCGGAAUCCACAACUUCCCUCCAGUUCAUUCAUCUGGCCACUAUACUCACGCCAGCCUGCUCACCAUCCCCAUCACCCAGUGGGAAUCUGAGUCAUUCCAUUGCAACGUUGAGCAUGCAGCCACCCACACCACAAUUAGCAAAAAAAUUGAGCGAUGUGAAUCCCAUGAACCAGUGGCUCCUGCAGUCCAUCUGCUCCAUUCUCCUUGCAGCCCAAAAGGAAAGGAUGGAACCAUAGCGCUGGUGUGCUUCAUUGAGAAUUUCUACCCCAAAGAAAUUGAGGUUGAAUGGCUGGUGGGCAGCCACAGUGGAUUGCUGACUUCUUACACCGAACCUCCGAAGCGUGAUGCGAAAAAGUACACUUACAGUACCCACAGCUUCGUGAACGUCACUGAAGGAGAUUGGUUGGAAGGAAAUACUUACUACUGCCAGGUAACCCACGCAGCAUCACAAACAAGGACAAAAAGCAGAGCCAGGAAAUGUGAAGGUAAUCAUUUAUAUAUAUAAAUGGCUGUGUGUGUGUGUGUGUGUCUG